UUCACUUCUGCUACAAUUCACUGCCUGGACCUUGCGACGGGCACGAUGCUGAGAGGUCCGUCCGGCCGGAGAUGACCGUUUUUCGACCGCAUGCAUUGAGAUGCUUGACUGGGAGCUUUGCUCCUUGCCCGCGGGCAGCCGCCGAACGGAGCCGCGCACCAAUUUCCAGUCUAUAUCAAGGCGCCGCAUCCCUCCCGUCAAGGAACUUUUCUUCGAAUCGAAGCCUAUAUAAGAAGGUAGAUUUCACUCAAAAGGUGGACGUUGAGGCCGAAACGGCACCAAAGGAGGAACAGCAAAAGCAAGAACGGAAUCGCUCGAGAAAGAAUGCAGCAAAGACAUCCUCACUGAGACGGGUCGCCGUGGAAGCGCAACGGUCGCGAGGCUUCGUGAAGGGCAGGGGCAACAAGCGCUUUGUAGACCCCGAGGUGGAGACGAAGACGGUCACUGCAUACUGCGCCGCGGAGCAAUACAACAUUUCCACCGUGGCACACUUGGUCAAGGCCCAGGGAUACGAACUCGACCCCUUCCAGACGGGAUUGUAUCCCCAGGUUAUUCAUAUCCAGACCAGUGAUCGGCCUUCCGAGGUUAAGGAUUUCCAAAAUGGAGAUAUCUUCAUUUUCCCUUCCGGAACACUGGUUACAUGGAAUGUGCGAGAGAGGGAGGCAUUGCAUCUGGUCAACCGCAUCCUACCAGCAGCGGCGGAAGGUUCACAUUUAGACUUGUUGGAAACAGAAGACCUGGAGUAUGUGGAGGACCCCACCAAAGAAGGCAGCGAAAUCAUUGGCGACACGAUCAUCCUUGGAACCAAAGCGGAAGCGGAAAGCAUUCCAGAAGCCUCCGACGCGCGGUCUGAAGAGACAGACCAGCGCCACGAGGUCGACACCGUCCUGGCCAAGAUCGCCUUCUCUUCUGGCCUUGCCCGCUCCACGAAGCUCGCCGUGUUGGAAAGCUUACUGAGUUCCUACCAGCAAUCCACCCGUGAAAUCCCGACCAUGCUCGCCAGAGGCGAGAGUAUCGCUGUGGGCAGGAAGAACCUGCCGUUUACGCGAUCCUUUAUUCUCCGCAAGACCGGAGAACUCCUCAGCAUCCGCGCGCAGCUGAACCUCUACUCUGAACUGACCGACUCGCUGCCGGACAUCUUCUGGGAUAGCCGCCACGAAUUGGGUCUGGGCGAGUACUACGAACAGGUGGGGCGCGCGCUGGACGUCGGCGUGCGCAUCCGAGUACUGAACGAGAAGAUUGGCUUCGCGCAAGAGAUUGCGAGUGUGCUUCGGGAGACCCUGAGCGAGAAGCACGGGCUCCGUCUCGAGUGGGCGAUUAUUGCUCUCAUUGCUGUCGAAGUGGUGUUGGAGUUCUAUCGCCAUUGGAAGGACUCAGAGGAGCGCGAUGACCCCGAAAGCACGGAGUCGUUGUUGAGGCAAUACUUGCAGAAAGAGGGCCGAGAUGGGAAGUGAUAUAGAAGUCACUAUAUGUGAAUACGAUACAAAGAUACCCCACUCAGAUAAAUCACGCAUUUCUCCG